AUGUCGUUUGUUGACGCGAUUUUGGCGUCGGAAAAAAAGAAGCCCGAGUUUUAUGAGAUUCUUGGAUGUGAUCGGAGCAGUACGACUGCACAAAUUCAAGCGGAAUUCCGGGCAAGAGUCCGUAGUGUUCAUCCGGAUAAGAAUGAAGAAGGCAAAUGCGAAUUUCAGAAAUUGCAGGAAGCGUAUGCCACACUGACGAACGAAUCGAAAAGAAAAUUAUACGAUUCGUGGCUAGACUCGCCGAUUCCAGGAAGUUUUGAGGAGUUCACGCGAAAUGCGGACGCCAUCAAAAUGUCGACGCAUUGGGCGACGCCGAAAUCGCAGGCGAUGAUAUCGAUCGGGCGUGAUGUGGACGAGAAUUCGAAAUGGUCGGAUGGCCGAAGAUAUCAAUCAGAUGUCGCGUCGAAAUUCCGCAACUAUCAACUUUAA